AUGGUGAAAUACUUGAAUGUAGAAGAAGAUACUGAGUAUUCAGAGCCAGUCAGUCCCACCGGACAGUAUUUCAACAGCUCAGUGCUCUCCAUUUGCGUUCUCGCCGUUUUGGACUCCGAAAUCCCGAUAGAUGAUUCUCCGACGUUGUCUUUGCUUCGAGAUGUCUUCCUUCCGAUCAAUCAUCGCUUCUCCUCCAUCAUGGUUAAUGAUGAGAAUGGUGUAAAGCAAUGGAAGAAGGUUGAAGUGAAGCUUGAAGAACAUGUAAAUAUCCCAGUUUUCCCUCCCGGAUUAUCUCCCGAAUCUUACGACACUCAUCUAAGCGACUAUCUGUCCAAGAUUGCAAUGGAACAACUCCAACAUAACCGGCCGCUGUGGAACAUUCAUAUCAUCAAGUACCCGACAAGCAACGCAGCUGGUAAUCUAAUAUUCAAGCUCCAUCAUUCACUUGGUGACGGCUACUCUCUCAUGGGCGCUCUUCUUUCUUGUCUGCAAAGAGCCGAGAAUCCCAAUGUUCCAUUGACAUUUCCUUCGCUUACUUCAGCCCCAACCACGAAACUCUCUGUCGAAAACAACAGCUUUUUGAGGAACGUUCCUAAUGUUUUAUGGUCAGCUUUCAACACCGUAUCGGAUUUUGGGUGGAGCCUGUUGAAAAGCACUUAUGUUGAAGAUGAUAAAAGCAUGAUAAGAUCUGGGGUUACUGGGGUAGAGCUCAAGCCUGUUGUUGUCUCAACAAUGACAUUUUCUCUUCAUCACAUCAAACAAAUCAAGAACAAGCUUGGAGUGACAAUAAAUGAUGUAAUAACGGGGAUAAUAUUUUUGGGGACUCGAUUAUACAUGCAAGGAACUGUUGGAGGAAGCAAUAAGCUGAACAAUGAACACACGACAGCACUUGUGCUGCUCAAUACUAGGGUAAUCGGAGGGUACAAAUCGGUGAAGGAGAUGGUCAAACCCGACGCAGAAUCGGCAUGGGGAAACCAGUUCGGGUUCUUACAUGUUUCAUUGCCUGAAUUAAGCAGUGCCGAAUCUUGUCAACCGCUUGAUUUUGUUUGGAAAGCACAGAAACUCAUCCAGAGAAAACGAAACUCCAGUGCUGUUUUUCUUACUGGUCUGCUUCUGGAAUGCUUGAGGAAAUAUACAGGCCCUGAGGCAACGGCAAAAUACAUACACAGCACAUUAAAGAACUCGAGCAUGACGAUCUCGAAUGUGAUCGGACCGGUGGAAAAAAUGGCAUUGGCUGAUCAUCCGGUGAAAGGACUGUACUUUAUGGUGGUCGGCGUGCCUCAGAGUCUAACCAUAACAAUGAUGAGUUACAUGGGAAAGCUGAGCGUUGCAGUAGGAGCCGAGAAAGGCUAUUUAGAUCCGAUCAAGUUCAAGUCGGCGAUCGAGACUGCCUUUGGGAUGAUACUCGAUGCUUCCCAGGAAAUCGCUUAAUUACUAUUACUUUAU